AUGCGACUGUUGCUAGUAUUGCUGGCCCUGGUGGGCAGCGUACUGGCAGGCGAAGUUUUCCAAAUGCCGCUAAAGAAGAUCGAAAGUAAGAUGGUGAGAAUGAUCAAAGACAAAACGUGGCCUGAAUAUCUGAAGAAGAGGAACGCUAUCCGCGCUGCGCGGAAUGGCAACUAUUCCCAAAAGGUUCACGAUUACUACGACGCUGAAUAUCUCGGUGAAAUUACAAUUGGAACACCUGGACAACACUUUUUGGUAGUCCUGGACACAGGUAGCUCGAAUCUGUGGAUACCGGACGUACGGUGCGGACAAGGAAGAAGAGAUAUUUGCCAGCAGUCCAAAUGCGAUCCUGGAUUGGUUUGCAAAGUGUUUUGCCCGGAUAAAACGUGUUGUGAGAACAACGCAAAGUCUAACCACAAUGGUGGUGAAAAGUUUGAGGAUCCGUGCAAAGAUAAGGAACACUUCGAUUCCGCAAAGUCCAAAACUUAUGUGAAGAUUGAACCGAAAGUCACAUUCCAAAUUAUGUAUGGCACCGGGGACGCGGAAGGUUUCCUUGGCAACGAUACCGUACGAUUCGGUCUGGAAGAUGACAAUAAUACCUUGGUCGUUCCUGGAACCGUAUUUGGCCAAGCGCUACGAAUCGCCGAAUUCUUCGCUGACGAUCCAAUCGAUGGAAUUCUUGGACUAGGGUUCAAAUCACUUGCUGUCAAAAAGUGGUUCCACCUUUCGAACGAGCUGUGGAAUUGA